UUUAUUUUUUGUCCCGUUUCAAUCGGUUCGACCAUCGUCUACCAUAAAACAGUCUCGGAACAGUCUAUCACGCGAAUGUUCAAUGUGCAUAUUUGUUAACAUUUUUCAUUGUCAUCGCAAGCCGAAGACUGUGCAAAUGUGUGUGCGUUGUUUUCCGCGUCGUCAUCACCGAAAAACAGAAGCUGUACGAGAGGGGAAAACGCGUGACGACAUUUCUUAAUUACAAACCGUGUGUGCUGGAAGUUACAUAACAAAGAAGAGAAAUAUACAUAUUCACUCACUCACAAUACCGAGAAGAAAUUGAAGAGAAAUAAAACACAAAACUGAAGUACUACACAGUUAGAGAAAAGCAAGCUAUCAAAUUAAAGUGAAAAAAGCAGCAGCAACAACAACAAUACAACAAGAAGAGAAGAGGCGACAAAGCAGCCUAUAAAACACAACAUGCAUGGCUAUCCUGUGAUGCAAGUCGUUCAAUAUAGCGUUCCGCCAUGCUCUUGGCCACCACCAGUCGAUUCGCAUCGUUCAUCGCAGCCAACAUCUGUAUCACCGCGAGCUGGCAUUCGAAAAUAUGUUGUAUGGUGUUUAAUAUGCGGCGGACUAUCAUGUCUACUUGGCAUUAUGUUUCUUGGCGUAUAUUUUCUGGUACGAUCAUACACAAGCACAAUUGGCUAUUUUGAAACGAUUCCAACAUUCGUUCCCGCAACACUGUUGAUGUUGACCGGUCUGUGUAUCAUAAGCUUAGCUAGACGACGGAAUCGCUAUAGUUAUUUAAUCAAAUUAUCUGGAGCAUGUGGCUUAUCGUCGGCGUUAACGUGCGCUUUGGUUACUGUUACAACAACAGUUAUACAUAUGAGCCGUUUGCAAGCAUUAAGAGAAUGCGAAUACACGCGAAAAACACGGACGUGUACGUGUUAUUCGGUUGAAACGCACACAAUGCAGGAUGAAAGCGGAAACAUUGGCGCAAAUGAUGAAAUUGGCUAUCGAUUCGUAUUUGAUUCGGCUGAUGAAUGCAGCGUGGUGCAUAAUGCACUUUACAGUUGUUUGCGUGCUAUUUUUGGCAUUUCAGUGGCUGGUGUUUUGGUUGCCGUUUUUAGCUGCAUGCUGGUGUAUCAAUUGUUGAGUCAUGAACGAAAGAAAAUGAUUUGGGAGCAAUUGGAAUUGCGAAGAAGGCAAGCAUAUGGCAGACAAAGUCCGCCGGGAUGGCCAUUGGGUAAUGGUCCAUCCAUAAUUGGAACACCACGAAAUGGCCCAUGCAGAUGUUGUGAACAAUGUCAUUCACAUCGAAAUAUGAUGCAAUCGAGUUACUCAUGGGAUAGCGAUAAUCGGUUUUGGUCACCACCACCAAAUGGCUAUUAUUCACAAGGAACCGAUGACCAUAUGAUUGUAUCACGUAUGGUGAAUCAAAAUUCAAUGCAAAGCGGACAACGGCCGGGUGGUUGGAGUUGGCCACGUUUUCCAUGGUCGCAACGAAGUGACAACCAACGUUUUCGUCAAACGCCAUCCAGCCCAGAUUCACAAUAUGGAUUUUCAACGAAUAUGUCACGUCUCGAUAAUACAAACAUGUUGCAAAGCUAUACAUUAAUAAAUAAUCCACAUCACUUUGGUAUAUGGGGCCCACCGCCACCAUAUUCCGAUCCAAAUAGUCCAAGUCGUCGUAAUCGAUACCUAUACAAUCAAUGUCAACAAAUCACUGAACAUUCGGGUGUUGUUAUCCAACCAAUUUCAGCGGCAACGCAUCAAUCGAAUCUAAAUAGUAUUGAUUGUACACCAAUAAUCAGUGAACAACAGCAUCAUCAUUCGAUUGAACAAAUUUGUGCAACGCCAACACAUUCAAAUCAUCGCAUAAAAAAUCGAUUAAAUACAUUCAAAGCAAAAGAAUCGACGGCCGAUUCAGCAACACUAUCGGACAGUGAUACGCAACAACGUGAUUCAACACAUUCAAAUACGUUGCCAUUUCGAAAGGCGCGCAAAAAAAUUGAAAAUGGUGCCAAUAGUAUUGGCGCAAAUCAAUCAACAUCACGUGUUAAUGUUCAAAAUAUAUUUAGUUCAACACAAAAUAUGUCAUCGAUUAGUGGUCGUUUAGAUAAUAGCACACGUCAACAUGAUAAUAUUCCAAGUUGUUCAUCAAAUUUUAUGCACGCAAAGGUAUCGAAAACACCAUCAAAUGGGAUUGGUGUCGAAAAUUCAGGCUAUCAAUCGCUGGAAGAGAUUAUAAUUACAUCAGCACCAUCCGGAAAUUAUUCGAAUAUUGUUGUUGUUGAUAAUGAAACGGCCCAACAGCAAACAAUUAAUACCAACAAUCGCGAAAUAUUUACACGAUCACGAAUGCAAUUUCCGAAUCGUGAUUUCGAAAAAUUGACCACAUUAAAUGCGAAUAUUCAACAACAUUAUUCGACAACAUCGCCACGUAGUCACAGUAACAGUAGCCAUUCGUUGCCAAAAGAUUUAACACGAUACAGCAUUUGUUCGGCCGAAUCGGGAAAAACUGAAUACACCGACAUUUCGCCAAUGACACCAUCAACGCCCUACACAAAUGAUGACACAAAUGCGAUCGCCUUAGCCUUUCAACGGGAAAUGAAACAGCAACACCACCAACAACAACAACAACAGCAUCAUCAACAGCAACACCAGCCACCAAGGGCAUUCAAAGAUCAUUCAGAAGCAAGUGGCUCGAGCAGCAUGUCAUACGGUUCACGAUACAAUAUUGAAAGUCAUAAGCGAGACGUAUCUAACAAUAUCAGAUCGAAAAAUGUUCCCGACAUUCACAUGCGAUCAACAAUGCAACAGCAAAAACAACAACAACAACAACAACAAUACCAUUCAAAUCAUUUAUUAUCAACAGAAAAUGGAUCAUCUCUGGAUAAUUUGGAUAAUACAUCGAACAGUAUGUAUCAAAAGUUUGAGCAUAGAAGUGUCUAUCAGCGACCAACAUACUCCUUUGCUAGUGCACACAGUACACCAGGUCAUAGUCAUAAUAGCAACGAUUCAAACACAACAACCACUGGAAACAAUAUAAAACAUAAUGUAUCGACAACAACACCGAAGAAACAUCGCAAUAUUUAUGCAACUAAUUCACUUGGAUCGUCAUCAGCGACUUUAUCGAAUGGUAUUGGUGACAUUGAUUUGGUACGUUUGAAUAUGCGAAAAGAAGUCAAAGUGGAUGAAAUGAUCGGUGUUGUCAAAGAUGAUCGUAAAUCGUAUAAUAGUCAUGGAAAAAAUACGCUAAAGAGCGAAACAGAUUGGUCAGAUCAUAAUAGUGAUCGGCGUUUGUGAAAUGAAGUUUUUGUUUAGGCCAAUUUUUUUUAAAAUUAAAACAAAUUUAUUAUCUUUUUUAAAUUGAAGUAAACAAAAACAAUUCCUGAAAUGAAAUCACUUGAAA